CAUUUCUGACAUGAGAAAAAGUAGUUCACUUGGGUUAUUAGAAUUCUGCUACAAAAGAUCUGACAUGAACUCGUUAGGGAACAAGAUUCUGUCUAUGAACAUGGUGAAAGUUGGCAUGAUACUGAUUUUCCUCUUUGUUCCAGUUGCUUUGGCUGACUGCCCUGAUGAAGCAGCACUCUCCAUAACUGCACCAAAGAAGUUGGAAGCACUGAGUGGAUCUUGUUUGCAAAUCCCAUGUAGCUUCAGACCCAAAGAAGAACAGAAGUUUAUCACCACUAGAAAAACCUUUGGAGUGUGGAUAAAAAAUGAUUCCAGAAUUUCCAUUUAUCCAAACAAUGUGAUCUUCAACAGUAAUGGAGCAGUUAGCAUCUAUCCAAUGAGUAUUACUGGGAACCUGAGUCAGAGAGACUGCACCUCUCUGUUUACUAAUUUAACCACCACAUACACAGACACAUACUUCUUCAGAGUAGAGAGUGAACCAUUCAUGGCGACAGCUCAUUGUGAUCCUCUUCAAAUAACAGUCAGAGAUAUAUCAUUUCAAACCACAGAUUCUCCUUGGAGGCCCAAUAUUACAAUCCCAGGUGAUCUGAAGGAGAAGGAGUCUGUCACUAUUACCUGCUCAGCUCUCACUCCCUGUCCACACUCCCCUCCUCAACUCACCUGGAAUCUCCAACAAGACUCUCAAAACAAAAUAGAGGAAAACACAGCUGGAAGCUUUACAACUAAAAUCCAGCAGACCAUCACUCUGUCAGACACACAUGAUGGAAAGAAGAUCAGCUGCUCUGCCAGAUAUCCUGUGAACCAAGGAAAAGACACCAAGACAGCAGAGACAGAAGAGACUCUCAGUGUUUCAUAUGCUCCUAAAGACACCUCAGCAUCCAUCAGUCCAUCAGGUUUGGUGUCAGCAGGCAGCUGGGUGAAGCUGACCUGCUCCAGCAGAGCCAAACCUCCAGUCAGCAGCUUCACCUGGUUCAAGAAGAGCAGAGAUGGAGCUGUGAAAGUAUCUGAAGGAGAGAUUUACAGCUUCAAUGUAACAGAUGGAGGAGUUUAUUACUGUGUGGCCACUAAUGAUCUGGGUAAUCAGACAUCAGGAGAGUUUAACGUGACUGUUGGAGAUGCUCCUAAAGACACCUCAGCAUCCAUCAGUCCAUCAGGUUUGGUGUCAGCAGGCAGCUGGGUGAAGCUGACCUGCUCCAGCAGAGCCAAACCUCCAGUCAGCAGCUUCACCUGGUUCAAGAAGAGCAGAGAUGGAGCUGUGAAAGUAUCUGAAGGAGAGAUUUACAGCUUCAAUGUAACAGAUGGAGGAGUUUAUUACUGUGUGGCCACUAAUGAUCUGGGUAAUCAGACAUCAGCAGAGAUUCAUGUGACUGUUGCAGAUGCUCCUAAAGACACCUCAGCAUCCAUCAGUCCAUCAGGUUUGGUGUCAGCAGGCAGCUGGGUGAAGCUGACCUGCUCCAGCAGAGCCAAACCUCCAGUCAGCAGCUUCACCUGGUUCAAGAAGAGCAGAGAUGGAGCUGUGAAAGUAUCUGAAGGAGAGAUUUACAGCUUCAAUGUAACAGAUGGUGGAGUUUAUUACUGUGUGGCCACUAAUGAUCUGGGUAAUCAGACAUCAGGAGGGAUUCACGUGACUGUUGGAGAGUCCACACUGGUCCUACUUCUUGGAGGAAUCUCUGGGAUCAUCUUACUCAUUUGUUUGAUAAUCUUUCUUUGGUGGUUAAAGUCAACACAUCAAACUCAACAACACAUCCAGAUCCAAUCACAUGAAGAGCAGGUUGUUGAAGGGUCAGUAAAUAACACAGAAAAAGAGGAAGAAAACAUCCAUUAUGGAGAGAUCAGCUUCUCUAAGCUGGGAUUUGAAGCAUCCUCUGACUCAGUGCAGGACAGAGGACAGCAGCAGGAUACGGUGUACGCACACGUGAAAGUCAACAAGCCAGUAAACAGCUUAACACAGAGAGCUCAUGGCCAAGAGGAACUCUACGCUGAGGUGAAGAAAAAAUGA